UUGUUCCAUAAUGAAAUGUUGCCAAAGGCAGUCUUUUUUGGUGAGCUAAAAGGUGGUCGACGUAACAGAGGCGCCCCACGGAAACGCUUCAAAGACCAGCUUAUGCGUCAACUUUCCUUGGCUGACAUAGAAGAAAGCACCUGGUUGCAUGCGGCCUUAGAACGAGACAGCUGGAGGUCACUCACGAAAGCCUCGGGAGACACAUUUGAGGCCAAAAGAAAAUCUGCUGCCGAGGACAAACGUAGACGGCGAAAAGAAAAGGAUGAAAAAAAGAAAAUGGGUCAGUUUUUAUCAAAUCCAUUUUCAAAACCGAGGGAUUUAUUCUACGGUCAACAUGAGGUUGGUGAGGCUACUGAAGAGAUAGUGGCUAGUUUAGAGGAUUCAGGUUCAUUAGAAAAAAGUGUAAAUGCUAACACCAAACCGGUUCAAGAUGAUUGCAAAAAAACAGUAAAUGGACAUAGAGAUAUGAUAGCUGUUAAGGAUUUUACCAUAAACAGUCUCCCUGAACCUUACCACAAAAUUGACGGUAUUUAUAAUCUUACCACAUGCUUAAUCUACCUUACAGUCCGAAUCAUCACGAAAAAAGUCAGCAGCAAAAGGCCAGAAUUUGUACCAAACACCGACAAAGAAUGCUAUCCUCUGUAUGAGAAUCGUGGAAAUAGACAUAUGGGCCUCGGAACGGGUAGAAUUUGUGACGUGGUUGAGGAACGAGGUAGCAAGUGCACAUGCAAAGAGUGCAAGACCAAGUGCAAAAAAAGUUGGACCAUCAAAGUGUUCACUGCUACUCAUGUUGUGUUUGAUGAUGAAGAGGCUGAAGAUAUGACUUGCUCAUUGUUCUAUGAUGAUGAAAACAAGUUAAAAGAAAUCAUAAAACUGACAGGGUUUAAGAAAAUCUGGUCAGACUCUGGGGGAGACCUCUGCUUGCUGUCUACAGUCACUUGCAAUGAAGAACUAAGUAAGAAACUGUCUGCUAAGAUAAAGGAAUUUAACAAGUGUUGGAGCUCUUUACAAAAUAUGCAUGAAAAAGACAAAACUCAAGAAAGGUUAGUUAUUCUUGUGUCGCAUCCUCAUGGCAGAGCUAAACGUAUUUCAUUUGGUUUCGGCAUUGAUAUUGGUAGAAUACAAGGCCACGACUUCAAUAAGUUUGUCUACAGUUCUCCAACAUGUCCGGGGACUAGUGGAGGUCCAGUUUACGUAUUAGGAAACAAUUUGUAUGCAACUGAAAUAGUUCAUGGAGGUGCCCUAAAUGAUUUCACUGAGAUCGAAAACAUUUUUAAGAGAGAGCCAGCUUUAGUCACUAAGCUUUUCCCUUCCUAUCAGACUGGCUCUUCAGUUAUUCCUUUGUCAUUUUCUUCAGUUUAUUAUACAGAAGAUACAAGUUCAGAAAUGGCUACGGAAAACUCUGAAGAAUUGAAAAUAUUAAAUAUAGACCCUAAAUUUAAAUUCUCAAAUUACAGUGCAAGAUGGUAUCCAGAUUUUAUAACUAAUUUUAUAUAUUCAUUUAACUGGUUUCAAAAUACAUAAUCUAGUCAGAUGUAGUACCAAAGUUGAAUAGAACUAUCUAUCCUCCAAGCAGACAAUAAAAGAAUCAUGUAGCUUUUUAAUUGAAUUCAUUUCCCAUCAAUAAAUGUCUUAUAAAAUAAUUCAGUUUUUCCAUUCUGAUUGAUACCGAUUCUAUUGAAAGACUGACCAAUUUUUCAAAUGACAUAUUACAACAUUAUUUUAAUUGCAUGAUUUUUCAUCCUUGCUAUUUUUUUCCAAAGACCACAAGCAUCAUUCUUUAUUCUUUUAAUGUACUAUAUAAUAAAAAAAAUAAAUUGUGGUUUUGUUUUAUAA